AUGACAUAUAAAUGUGCUGUGGCAAAUAUACCAUUUGGUGGCGCAAAAGGUGGUGUAAAAAUUGAUCCAAGCAAAUAUUCGGAAUAUGAAAUUGAAAAAAUCACACGUCGUAUGACUGUGGAAUUUGCUAAGAAGGGAUUUUUGGGUCCGGGAGUGGAUGUUCCUGCACCAGAUAUGGGUACCAGUGAACGAGAAAUGAGUUGGAUUGCGGAUACAUAUGCGCAAACAGUUGGAUAUACUGAUAAGGAUGCAUAUGCUUGUGUUACCGGUAAACCAAUCGUUGUUGGAGGAAUUCAUGGUCGUGCAGCAGCAACCGGACGUGGUGUAUGGAAUGGUUUGGAAACAUUUUUAAAUAUUUCCGAGUAUAUGAGAAAAAUUGGUUUAGAACCGGGAUUAAAAGGAAAAAAAGUUAUUGUUCAGGGUUUUGGUAAUGUUGGUACGUUUACAUCAAAUUUCAUAUCAAAUGGAGGUGGAAUAAUUAUUGGUGUUCAAGAAUAUAACUAUUCGGUGUAUGAUCCAAAUGGUUUGGAUAUUGCUGCAUUAAUUAAAUAUAUCACGGAACAUAGAACAAUUAUGGUAAUUUAA